UGACGACAAUUCCGACACCCCCUCCGUCUGCGAUAUAAGCGGAUGAGCAGGCGCUCUCCAUCUCCUCUGCGCCGAACGCAAAUAGUAGCCGGGAAUACAGGAGACUUUUCAGAAUCGGCGUUGUCUUGAAUCGGAUUCUCAGCAAUGGGCAAGGAGAAACUGCACAUCAACAUUGUGGUCAUUGGCCACGUGGACUCUGGCAAGUCCACCACCACCGGACACCUCAUCUACAAGUGCGGCGGCAUCGACAAGAGGACCAUCGAGAAGUUUGAGAAGGAAGCCGCUGAAAUGGGCAAGGGCUCCUUCAAGUACGCCUGGGUGUUGGACAAGCUGAAGGCCGAGCGGGAGCGCGGUAUCACCAUCGACAUCUCCCUGUGGAAGUUUGAGACCAGCAAGUACUACGUCACCAUCAUCGAUGCCCCUGGGCACAGGGACUUCAUCAAGAACAUGAUCACAGGCACCUCCCAGGCGGACUGCGCGGUGCUGAUCGUGGCAGCGGGGGUGGGCGAGUUCGAGGCGGGCAUCUCGAAGAACGGGCAGACGCGGGAGCAUGCCCUGCUGGCCUACACGCUGGGCGUCAAGCAGCUCAUCGUGGGCAUCAACAAGAUGGACUCCACCGAGCCCAACUACAGCCAGAAGCGCUACGAGGAGAUUGUCAAGGAAGUCAGCACCUACAUCAAGAAGAUCGGCUACAACCCCGACACGGUGGCCUUCGUGCCCAUCUCCGGCUGGAACGGGGACAACAUGCUGGAGUCCAGCCCAAACAUGACCUGGUUUAAGGGCUGGAAGAUCACGAGGAAGGACGGCAACGCGUCCGGGACCACCCUGCUGGAGGCCCUGGACGCCAUCCAGCCCCCGUCCCGCCCCACGGACAAACCCCUGCGCCUGCCGCUGCAGGAUGUCUACAAGAUCGGCGGCAUUGGGACGGUGCCAGUGGGUCGCGUGGAGACGGGCCUGCUGAAGCCCGGCAUGGUGGUGACCUUCGCCCCCGUCAACGUGACGACGGAGGUGAAGUCGGUGGAGAUGCACCACGAGGCGCUGACCGAGGCACUGCCGGGCGACAACGUGGGCUUCAACGUCAAGAACGUCUCCGUCAAGGACAUCCGCCGCGGCAACGUGGCCGGGGACAGCAAGAACGACCCGCCCCAGGAGGCCGCCAACUUCACCGCGCAGGUGAUCAUCCUGAACCACCCGGGCCAGAUCAGCGCCGGCUACGCCCCGGUGCUGGACUGCCACACCGCCCACAUCGCCUGCAAGUUCGCCGAGCUCAAGGAGAAGAUCGACCGCCGCUCGGGCAAGAAGCUGGAGGACAACCCCAAGUCGCUCAAGUCUGGCGACGCCGCCAUCGUGGACAUGGUCCCGGGGAAGCCCAUGUGUGUGGAGAGCUUCUCCGAGUACCCCCCUCUCGGGCGCUUUGCGGUGCGCGACAUGCGUCAGACCGUGGCCGUCGGCGUCAUCAAGGGCGUGGAGAAGAAGGCGCCCACCACCGGCAAGGUCACCAAGUCAGCCCAGAAGGCCCAGAAGGCCAAAUGAACGUUGUGCCGCGCUGCCGACUCCCGGGUCACGCGUGGCAGGACGACCGGCUCCCAGCUCUGCUCUCUGAUUGGCCGCUUCCGCUCCAUUGUCAAAGACUGGUUAAUUAUUACAAUGCAUCGCAAAACUAUCAGAAGGAAAAAAAAUUAGAACAUAAAACCGGGAUAUUUGUGAUGACCAUCAGUUUUUCGUACCAUUGCACAUGGCUUCUUCUGUUUAUUAGGCUAGUUAAUUUCUUCUGAAGGUGUACUUGUCAUUGGGACCGUGACCAUGAACACCUCCAUGUGUGAGAAGCGUUAAGAUGGCUGAAGGCCUUAGAGCCAGGCCUCUCUGGUCUAGUCUUCACAUUCACUUGCUUUUUGUGUUUGUUUGCCAUUAGUAGAUGUUCAGUUUGUUGAAAUACUAACUUAAAUCGCUUCAGUAGAUAAAAGUGAAUGAUAUGCUCUGUUUGAACUGUGAAUUGAAGAAAUAAAAAAAUGCCUCGCAUAUAUUCCCAA